UCUGAGUGGUCUACGUAUCCAGUUUGUUAUUUGUUGUGGACCUGGUUACCGAAUUACGGUCAUCGACAAAAUGAAGUUAGCAAUUUUGCUGGUUGUCGGCGUUAUCGCCAAAGUAUACGGCGAUGAACCUGAACCUAUUGUGGGUGGCAACACGGCAUCGCCUGGACAGUUUCCAUAUCAAAUCUCCCUUCAGAGCAGCGGCGAUCAUAUUUGCGGAGGAUCUAUUAUUAGUAGCACACAUAUCCUCACUGCUGCUCAUUGUAUACCGCCCCAAAGUCAUUGGAAAUACUUGACUAUUGUAACCGGAACAAACAGCGCACAAAGUGGUGGUCAAAAACACCAAAUCAAGUGCAUUCAAAUGCAUCCAGGGUUCAGCAUGACCCACUUUCAGGACGAUAUCGCUUUGAUCACUUUGACACAACCGAUUACCUUGAACAAUAUACAAACUGCAAUUCCUCUAGCGAGUAAAGAUUAUGCCGAUGGUCAAAAUACUGCUAUAGUAAGCGGAUGGGGAAAGACCAGCGUAAACUCAGGCGUUUCGUCAACGCUUCAAUGGCUUCAAGUGAGACUGUUGAGCCCUUCUGAGUGCCAAACAGCGCAUUCAGACAUUACUGCUAAACAGAUAUGUACUUUGAACAGCUAUGGAAAAGGUGCUUGCCAAGGUGACAGCGGCGGUCCUCUCGUUUGCAACGGUCAACUUGUUGGUGUUGUUUCCUGGGGCAUUCCAUGUGCUCUGGGUCAACCUGAUGUAUUCAUUGGUGUCUACCACUAUCGGGACUGGAUUAGCCAAAGUCAAAAGAAGUGCACUGUUGUGACUGGAACAAACCACAUUAGCAGUGGCGGUCAAGAACACCGCAUCAAAAGCAUUCAAGUGCAUCCACAGUACGACACGCGUACCAAUAGGAACGAUAUAGCUGUGAUCACUUUGGAACAACUGAUGACCUUCAACCAGGUACAAAAACCAAUUCCUCUAGCGAAUGCAGAUAAUGCUGAUGGCCGAACUCGUUGUGUACUAAGCGGAUGGGGACAGCUCGGUGCAAGACAAGGCCCGCCGACAUAUCUACAAUAUGUCGAGUUGACCACGACGACCCUUAGUGAUUGCCGCAGAGUGCAUUCAAAUGUCUUUGAGAAACAGCUAUGUUGCUUUGAGAAACAUGGAAUAGGUGCCUGUAUGGGUGACAGCGGCGGUCCUCUCGUUUGCAACGGUCGACUUGCUGGUAUCGUCUCCUGGGGCAUUCCCUGUGGUGUCGGUUAUCCUGAUGUAUUCACUAAAGCUUACCAUUAUCAGGACUGGAUUAGCCAAUGUCAAAAGAUGAUGACAGCGAAAAUCCUCUUAUUGUCAACGAAGGAGCCACGUGGUGUCGUCUCUUGGAUUUCACCCUGCGUUUGCAAUUUUUUUGUGGACUUGAUUACCGAAUUACGAAUCGAGAUGACGAAAUUAGCAAUUUUGCUGGUUGUCGGCGUUAUCGCCAAGGUAUACGGCGAUGAACCUGAACCUAUUGUGGGUGGCAACACGGCAUCGCCUGGACAAUUUCCACAUCAAAUCUCCCUUCGGCAAAAUGGCUACCAUAUUUGCGGAGGAACUAUUAUUGACGAGAGAACUGUCAUCACUGCUGCUCAUUGUAUACCGCCUCAGAAUCAGCAGAGUACCAUGACUGUUGUGACUGGAACAAACCACAUUCUAAGUGGCGGUCAAGUUCACCACAUUAAAUGCAUUCAAACGCAUCCACAGUACGACAGUAACAGUUGGAACGAUAUAGCUGUGAUCACUUUGACACAACCGAUAACCUUCAACAAUCUACAACGUCCAAUUUCUCUAGCGAGUGCAGAUUAUGCUAAUGGCCGAACUCGUUGUAUAGUAAGCGGAUGGGGACAGCUCGGUGCAAACCGAAGCCCGCCGACAUUGUUACAAUAUGUCGAGUUGACCGCGAUGACUCUUAAUGACUGCCGCAAAACGCAUUCAAACACUUUUGAGAAACAGCUAUGUUGCUUUGACAGCUAUGGAAAAGGUGCCUGUAUGGGUGAUAGCGGCGGUCCUCUCAUUUGCAAUAAUGAACUUGCUGGUGUCGUCUCCUGGGGCAUUCCCUGUGGUGUCGGUUAUCCUGAUGUAUUCACUAAUGUUUACCAUUUCCAGUCCUGGAUUAAGCAAUGUCAACGGAUGUGCUGAUCACUUGAAUAAUCGUAUGCCUGACUGACCAUCUAUAUUUCAGGGAUUAUCCAGAAUUUUUAAUUACAACGUGUGAAUCGCGUUGCUAACGUAAUUAAUUUGUAGAUAUAGAAAUUAUAUAAAAGUAUAAAGUAAACAAUAAAAAAAUA